GCUCAGUCGUCGCGAGGUAACCGCCGCCGUCGCACUAUAACUGCCGCAAGAGAGCCAGAGAGUGAGUGAGAGAGAGAGAGACGAGCGCUUGCGCAGUUCCGCGAUAUCCGCAGCACCUCCAGGUCCCGCGCUCGCUGACAGAGCGGCCCACUCUCAGUUUCUCUCUCCCGCGGGCUCCGCGAAGCCGCUGCUCUGCGCGCGCGCGUGUGUGUGCGUGUACACUCGAAUGCGAUAUUCACGUGCUACUUCUUCCUCCUACUCCUGCUCGCUGCUGCUGAUGCUGAUGUGCUACACUCGAUCUGAUGGGCUGCCAGGCCGGUAAAUAGCGGAGAGAGAGAGAGAGAGAGAGAAGCAGAGCAUCGCACACAGGGCUAUCGUCAUGACAAGGCGACUGGACGAGCUGAUGAACUCGAUGUUGGAGCCGCCGGCGUUGGCGAUGGCCGGCGGUCUUGUGCAGCGGCAGCCGCAUCGCCGGCUGGACAUCGGCGAGUAAAGGCGCGACUGUACACACGAGAUCUCGAGAGAGAGAGAGAGAGAGAGAGAGAGAGAGAGAAAAAGAGAGAGAGAGAGAGAGAGGGAAGAGCGAACAGUUCGGCGCCUGAGAUGUGAGACUCUCGAGUCUGACCAAACUCGCUUCGUACCACUGAGAGUGCAGUGUCUCUCUAUAUAUCUAGUGCAGCGUGUGUCUUGUGUGAGUGUGCAAUGUGUCGGUGCAGCAGCAGCAUCAGCGUCGGUAGAAGCAGCUCGAACUGAAGCUCUCUAUCUCGCGAACCGCACUUGCACUCGAAGACAGAGACAGCGGAGCAUCAAGAUGAAGGAGAACCGGGCAAGAUGGCUGAGCACCGCUUGCUCGAUCAUAGCCGUCCUCUCGCACCAGUCAGAGUGCGUGCAGGCCAAGAGCGGCAGCGGCGGCUCGGUGGUGGAGCACCACCCGUCCUCCUACUGGGACCAGUCCUUCAGCCCACCGUACUUCGACAACACGACCAAGCGAGAGACAACCACGACGGUCGGCCAGUCGGCCUACCUCCACUGCAAGGUCCGCAACCUCGGCGAUCGUGCGGUGUCGUGGAUUAGAAAGCGCGACCUGCACAUCCUGACGGUCGGCAUCCUGACCUACACGAACGACCAGCGCUUCCAGUCGCUGCACAGCGACGGCACCGACGAGUGGACCCUGAAGAUCAGCUCGCCCCAGGUCCGCGACAGCGGCGUCUACGAGUGCCAAGUCUCGACCGAGCCCAAGAUCAGCCUGGCCUACACCCUCAGCGUCGUCGUGUCAAAAGCGAAAAUCGAGGGUAACGCGGAACUCUACAUCAAGAGCGGCAGCGACAUCAACCUGACCUGCAUCGUGCUGGAGACACCUGAGCCGCCGUCCUUCAUUUACUGGUACAGGGGCGAGCACGUAAUAAAUUACAGCCAGCGCGGCGGGAUCAGCGUCGUUACGGAAAAGCAGACGCGGACGUCCCAUUUGCUGAUCUCGCGCGCUCUACCAGCGGACUCCGGCAAUUACACCUGCGCCCCAUCGACGGCCGAGUCGGCCAGCGUCCUCGUCCACGUACUCAACGGUGAGCACCCAGCGGCGAUGCAGCACGGGAACUCGAGCAACAGCGGCGCGACGACUCGCACCCUGGCCCUCCUCCUGUUGCUCCUUCACGCCGGCUCGUUCGCGAGGUGACUGCUGAGCUCCGAGCCGCGUUAAGAGGAACGACAGACAAACAGCAGCCGAGCAGCAGCGGAGCAACGCACGGACGGAAAGGAGCGCAAACAAUAACACUGCACCGCGUGGAAGGUCCCGCCAAAACUCUCGCCAGCUCCUCAGAGAGGGCGCGACGAUCGAUCAAGAAAUGAAAACACACGGACUUGGCGACUCUCGCCGAAACAUUCGAUCAAAGUCGCUCUGCUCAGAGCAGCAGUUGGCCCUUAUAACGUAUCGUGCGCGCACAUUGCGGAGAGCUUCGGAAGUGCGCGCGAGAGAGAGAGAGAGAGAGAAGCCAACUGCUACUACUUACGCACUCGAUACACGUUACACGCCCCGUGUGCGGAGAGCCAUAAGGAGCUGCGAGAAGGAGAGAAAAAAAGUGGUAUGCCUGCGUGCGCGAGAGAGCGUCUCGUAUGAUACAUACAUAUACAUAGAGAUUAAUAUAUAUAUAUAUAUAUAUAACGCGCCGCAUCAGAUACUCGACUGAAACUUUAUUACUGCUAUACAUAUACAUACACCUAAUCCGUAUGAUGCGUGGGCCACGUGCAAUUUCUUCGACAUACCAUAAUACACACGUACGUAUAUGUAGGUAUAAAUAGUGGGAGCAGGUGUGCGAGAGCUUGCCUGCGGAGGAUCUCGUAACAAUAUUCGCUGUACAGAUCAUCCUCGCGGCACUUGAUGCACGGAAAAAUAGUUGCUCGUACGAUUAAGCGAAGGAGAUUAAGAAUACGAGAGCUGUCCGAAGAAAGAAAGUAUAUAUAAGCAAGAAUAGCAAAAGAAUAAAAACCAAAGAAAAAUUAGAAAAAAACUCGUUAUAGGGGGUCAUAAUGUGUAUAUAUACAUACAUACCUAUACAUGUAGCUCGAAUUCGCGAUGCGCUGUAUAAUAAUAAUAUACCUAUGGAUAUAUACAGCUGCUAAAGAUAAAUAUAAAGCGAGAGGACUAUAUAUAAAACGCGGUCACGCGGUGCUGCUUGAGCGCGCUAGAGAGAAAAGUUGUUAUUUUUUAACGAACGAUUUCUCUUUUGUUGUGUAGACCUUGCGUUCAGCGCGAAAUUGACGUAGCUUGAUAUACCAUGAAACACACACACACACAUGCGUAUAGCUCAAGGCGCGUAUGGAGUAUAGAGGAGGAAAUUCGAUAUUUUAUUGCUCUCGCGUUGUUUGUCUUGCUGCAGCCUAGAGAAACGAAAGAGAGAGAGAAUAAAAUUUCAUAUUAUUUCCGACGGUUUACCUUUAUUUUUCUCUUAUUCCCCCGACGUACGGGAGAGAGUAUGAGAAAAUCGCAGCGCAUAGCCCGAAGAGACGGGCUUGUCAACGAAAACACACGCGCUUCGCGUUCGAGCGACUCUUACGUUUAUUCGUGAAAAUUAUCAUGCAUGGAUUUUCUCCCUUGAUUUUUUUCCUCCCUCUCUCAAAUUGCCCGACUCGCUUCUUCUUCCUUUCCGUCUUCAUGGCUAUUCAUGAGCAAUUGAAUAACAAAGUCUCUUGCGCGCAUUUGCAUAGGCAGUAUUACACACAGCCGACUGUAUCUUCUUGUUUUCUUUUCUCUUCUCUCGUUGCGAAAGAUAUUGAAAUUACUCGUCGAUUAACUUCGUCCGCUAUGGCUGCGAAAACCUGUGUAGAAUUUACGUAUAUUCGGGGAUUUCGCUGAGGCGCAACGCGUUAUUCUUUGUCUACAACGAAUUUUCUUCCUGUCGACAUAUCUCGUGCGUUAUAGAGGUUUUGCGGAGCUGCUCUGAUGGUGUGUGUGAGAGAGAGAGAGAGAGAGAGAGAGCGAGAAAGCGAGAAAUUCGAUGUAUAGAGAAGAAAAGUACGUAAGCGAAAUGUUAGUACGUAUAAUGAAGGAAAAACUGAACGCAGGAAUUUAUAAAUAAACAGAAUAUUCAAUGAAUGUAACAUAUAAUAUUGGUUGGCGAUUGUCAUUUUUGAUUUUGUACAGAUGUUAUUAUGACAUAUUUAUAUAUAUAUAUAUUGUAUCGUUACGUGUAUGGUACGAGCUUUUUAAGGAUGUUUAGCUUGGAAAUGUGAUUAGCUUUUACAAUUAUUGCGUAUGCGUUUGAGUUCGAAGUACGCGGCUACUCGCGCGGCUGUCUCAUAUACAUGUAAUUAUGCGAUGUAAAUAUUGAAACGCUGUAUGCAUUAUACAUUCCAUGUAUCGAUUGUUCCGUAGAGAUUUUUCUUUUUGUACAACGAUUGCGUUAAACCGUAGGCUAAUGUAACAAAUCCGUAUAAAAAAAAAAAAAAUGGUAUAGAAAAGAAAAUAAACCGUCAUCAGCACAGCUGCUUAACUGUACGAUUAGCGAAAAGUGAACAAACCACAAGAUUACAACACGCAUCCGUAUACUCGCGUAGGACUGAUCGGAGCUCGUUUGUAUAUUACGUCAUUAUUUCACUGUCUCUCGCUCACAGCUCUCUUAUAUCCGACGAUAUCCCAUUUCCGUUUCCCGACGACUGUAUUGUAAAUUUCACUGAAUAACGAGAAGUAACGAAUAAAAUAUAACGUAAUAAACCAAUGAAUCAAA